AUGUGCGGAAUAUUUAGCUACAUCUGCACUAAUAACAACUCGACUGAGGCCGAGGAAAUGCUCGAAUCAUGUAGAAACAUCCUCAAAAACCGUGGCCCCAACUAUGAGUCUACAUUGUGGUAUGAUGCAAUGGUAUUGUUUUAUGGAUCGGUGCUAUGGCAUCAGGGAGUAUCGUUAUCCCAACAACCGAUGGAAAGUGAUCAAACGGUUCUGAUGUUUAAUGGGGAUAUUUUCCAAAAGCGAGAAGAUAUGAGCCGGAGUGACACAAUGUGGCUGUUGGAAAGAAUUGAAGCUUGUGCGGACGAAACUGACCUUAUCAACCUUUUCGCCAGCUUGCAUGGUCCGUUUAGUGUUAUUUUUCUCAGAAAGGAAGAAAAUAGAAUUUACUUCGCCCGUGACUCUAUUGGAAGAAACAGUUUGCUCAUCGGAAGGGGACACAAUGGAAACACUUUUAUUUCAAGUGUUGGAGGAAACGUUGGGUCCUAUGUCGUCCACGAACUUCCUCCCUACGGUCUAUAUUUUAUCGAUUUAGAGCGCGUGAAUGAAUCUAAUUCGGUUACUUUGCUGCCAUGGACAGAUGAUUGUACCCAGUUACAGCCGAUCAAUCCAAUAACAAUACAACCAGCGGUUCAAUUAAAAAUCCCACAAGCUUUAAACAUAACACCGUACAAUUUUAAUUUUUAUACCUUACUAGAAGAUGAAAUACCUUUAGGCGGAGACGUUUUCGACUGUCUGUUUAAAUACCCAGAGAUAAACAAUGUUUGCAAUCAGCUUCUUGGUACUUUACGCAAUGCAGUGGAGGAGCGUAUCACCAACACCAUUCUGUACUGCAAAAUGUGUUUAGAACGGCAAUCAGAAUGCAUUCAUCCAAAGGUUGGAAUUUUAUUUUCGGGCGGAAUAGAUUGUACGAUUCUAGCUUUUUUAGCAGAUGAAUUCGUGCCAACGAAUUGUCCGAUUGAUUUGAUGAAUGUAGCCUUUGAAAAAGUCAGACGUACGAAUGUAAAGCCAGCGCAAAUGGAAUGGAACGUACCGGAUAGAGUGACUGGACAGGCUUCGCUGGAUGAGUUGCGCCGUUUAAGGCCUAAUCGUACGUGGAAUUUUGUAGAGAUAAAUGUUUCUCGAUGCGAACUAAAUGAGAAAAGAAAAGUCAUUUCUAAUCUUGUGUUUCCUCUACGAAAUGUGUUGGACGAAUCGUUGGGUGCCGCACUUUGGUUCGCUUCUAAUGGAGUUGGGCAGAUAAAUGGACGCACUUAUACCAGUACCUGUCGAGUACUGCUGUUAGGUUCCGGUGCCGAUGAAUUGUUUGGUGGGUACACCCGACACAAAACUGCAUUCGAACGAAAUUUUGGCGGUUACAGUGAAAAAUGUUCAUCUGACCUUAGGUCACACGCGUACCAGAAAGCAUAUGAAGCACUGGAGGAAGAAUUGAAUUUAGAUUGGAGGCGCUUGCCAAGUCGAAAUUUGGCACGUGAUGACAGAGUAAUCAGUGACAAUGGUGUAACACCUAGAACUCCUUAUCUGCAAGAAGAUUUCAUCGCGUUGGUUCGUUCCUUGAAAGCUUCCCAACGGUGUUAUCAUCCUCUGGGACUCGGGAUUGGGGACAAGCUUAUAUUACGCUUAUGUGCCUAUAAACUCGGGUUAACACAAGCAUGCAUGCAAAGAAAACGUGCAUUACAGUUCGGUUCCAGGAUAGCAGACCGAAAACAAAAUGCAUCCGACCGUUCAACGUACCUGGAAAAUUAA